AUGCCCAAAUACGUUUUGACUACAAUUUCACAGGGUGAUUCAAUUCCUGAAACCUUUCAAUCAAAAUACGACAGUGUACUUGCUUCUUCAGGUGCUAAGGUUGAUAAGGUUGUUCAGUUAAGUCCAAACAAGGCUAUUGAUUACUAUGUAACUGCUUCCAGUGAAACCUUCCCUGCCGAUGUCAAAUCGACAUUUCUUGAUUUGAGCAAAGACACCAAGGUUGAUGUUAUUGUUCAGGCUGAUUCUCCUGAGCGUAAAGAUAAGGGACUAUUUGUUUUUGACAUGGACUCAACUUUGAUUCAGCAGGAAGUCAUUGACAUGAUUGCGGCUUAUGCCAAUGUGGAGGCCGAGGUGUCCAAAAUUACGGAAGCUGCCAUGAAUGGUGAAAUUGAUUUCAACGAAUCUUUGACACGAAGAGUUGGUCUGCUUAAGGGCAUUCGUUCUGAUGUUUUUGAGCUCCUCAAGGCCGACAUUAGAUUUACUCCCGGUGCCCGUGAGCUGUGUCGUGCGCUCAAGAAGCUCGGUGUUAAGAUGGCUGUGCUGUCUGGUGGAUUCAUCCCUCUUGCUCGGUGGGUGAAAGCCGAGCUUGGUCUUGAUUACGCAUAUGCCAACACUUUAGAAAUCAGUGCCAACGGAAAGGAGCUUACUGGUAAGCCAUUGGGACGUAUUGUCAACAACGUGGUUAAGGCUGAACUUUUGCAAGAGAUUGCAAAACAAGAGAAUGUUGCUCUUGAGCGUGCUGUCGCAGUUGGUGACGGAUCUAAUGACUUGCUGAUGAUGGCUGCUGCUGGUUUUGGUAUUGCCUUCAAUGCAAAGCCAGUUGUCCAGCUCAAGGCUCCUUCCAAGAUCAACACCCCUUCUCUUCAAACCGUGUUAUAUAUUUUGGGCUACAACGACAAGGAGAUCAAGGACCUAAUUGAGUAA